AUAAACACGGAGUUCUUUUCUCAAAUAGUUUCAGCAAUUCCCAUUCCAUCUACAAUACUUACUAUUUCAAGUCAAGCAGCCACACAAAGCUUCAAGAUGCCUCUCAUCAAUGCCGAUGCCCCGCCUUCAACCGCCGAUACUCACUACGUCGUCUACUUUGCGUCUGGUGAACCAUCCUGGUGUCCAGAUUGCCGAAAUGCUCUCCCAGCUCUUCAGAGUGUCUUUGGAGCAGAUUCUGCGCCCUCGGCAACCCUUAUUCUCGCUGGUACCCGCGAGGAGUGGGGGAGCCCGAGCAACAAGUGGCGCAGUGCGCCUUACAAUAUCAACUGUCUCCCAACGAUUGUGAGGGUGGAGAAUGGCCAGGAAGUUGCGCGCCUUGGGGAUGUUGAGGGCCAACAAGAGUCAGCUUUGAGAAAACUGAUUGCAUGAAGGGAGCCUCGAUGAAGAGCUUCCGUCAGACACGGUUAAAAUUCAUCAGCCAAUCAAUCAAUUUAUCUAUGUCCUAGAUAUAAAAAAUUGCAUCCGUCUAAUUCAUGAUACUUCCCCCUG